AUGAAACCAACGAAAAAGAACCGGUUCUCCGACUGUCCCUGUUUCUGUCCACACAUUUCGGAAUAUGCACAAACAAUCGUCAAGUCCGAUGUUGAAAACAUCCCACUGAAAUUGACAGACGUCGGCACGGCUAUUUAUCCAACCAACCAAUUCCGUCGGCAACAUUCUACCAUUACCUUUCGUUCGUCUGUAACACUUUACGGUUUUGGAACCGGCGGCAGCAAAAAGUCGACCAGUCUUGAUGAUGCAGCCACGACCAGCACUUCGAGUGAAGACGAAAAUUCAUUGUCUCAGUUGCUUGUGGAAUGGCAGAAUCGUACACCUCGUUUUGAACCAAACCCUGACCUGGGCAUUCAGGAUUUUGAUUUACUCGAAACGCUUGGAACGGGUACCUUUGGUCGCGUGUACCUGGCCAAACAGAAAGAACCCAACACCUAUUAUGCAAUCAAGGUGUUGAAGAAGGCCGAAAUUGUACGGUUAAAACAGGUUGAGCACAUCAACAGUGAACGACAAGUGCUUUGCCAAGUGAAUUUCCCGUUCAUUGUCCAACUGUGCUGCACGUUUCAGGACAACCAUAGUCUGUACAUGGUACAGGAGUAUGUGAUCGGUGGAGAACUGUUUCGACAUCUUCGACGGGCCGGCCGAUUUUCUAGCCAGACAACACAGUUUUACGCAGCAGAAAUUGUGCUUGCUAUAGAAUAUCUGCAUUGUAAAGAUAUCAUUUAUCGUGAUCUCAAACCCGAAAACAUACUUCUUGAUACGCAAGGGCAUAUCCGGAUCACUGAUUUUGGCUUUGCUAAAAAGAUCGAGGACCGGACAUGGACGCUGUGCGGAACACCCGAGUAUUUGGCACCAGAGAUCAUCCAAAGUAAAGGCCACGGCAAACCUGUGGAUUGGUGGGCACUUGGGAUUUUAAUCUUUGAGAUGUUGGCCGGAUACCCACCGUUCUAUGACGACACGCAUGUCGGCACCUACGAGCGUAUUUUGGCAGGCAAGGUGCGAUGUCCACGACACUUUGAUAGCGCAGCCAAAGAUCUUGUCAAGAGCCUCCUUGUGGUCGAUCGGACCCGGCGGCUAGGCAAUUUGCGUGGAGGAGCGCAAGAUAUCAUGAACCAUCGGUUUUUCCGUGGCACCGAUUGGCGGGGGCUACUGAACAGGACGGUGCGGGCACCCCUUGUUCCUGCGCAUGCCAACGAACAUGACACGAGCAACUUUGAAAAGUACCCUGCUGAGAAACAGCACCAUCAUCCAGAAGGCGAUCCGUAUCGUCAUCUCUUUACCAGCUUUUAA